UGCACAGUCGCAGGCCGUCAAACACCGCGCGCUGUCGUUGUCAAACGCUGACAAUCACUUUUUUUUAUCUGUGCAUUUUUACGAACAAAAACGUCUGCCUAAAUUUAAAAAAAGAAUUCUAUUAUAAUCUUUAUAGUUGAAAAUUUUCGACUGAUUACCUAUCUUUAAAAAAAUAAAGCGACUGGCUGUAUAGAAAAAAAAUUGCUGUCAGUUUUGCGCGGGAAUUAAAAGUAUUUUUUUUUCUGUGAAUUUGGAAAUAUUUUUCAAUAUUAUUACGAGAUGAACAAGUAAAAUCACAUUUUAAUUCACGGAAAUGAAUAGUGUAGUGUAAUUAUGUAUUUGUGUCGAUUGUUGUUUACAAUAGCUUUAUUGUAUUUUUUGGAUCGAACUGUACACGGCGCGGAGUUUUUUGACAAUGAUGACCACACAAAACAACUACUCCAUCAUCUAUCACCAUCUGAAAAGCUACUGUUUUUCGGCACAGAGAGUAAACAUCCAGAAUUCGAGAUAGCACAUUUAAAAUAUCAAAAACGACGCAAGCGUUCCUUGCUACAUGAUAAUCAAGAGCUCAAUACUCUAAAGAAGCAUCUAGACUUAAAACUGAGUCCUAGGAAUAAGUUCCUAGAUCCCCAGUUUUUGUUGAUGAAACGAUGGUCCAAUGGUACAGAGGUUAUACUAGACCAACAUACAGAUGAAGAAUUAGACGCUUGUUACUAUAAAAGUGAUCACGCAGCAUUAUUUGUCUGCGAUGGUGUGAGGGGGCUGAUUAAAUCUAAUGAUAGCUUUUAUUACGUACAUCCACUGCCAGAAAGAUUCAACCACGAAGACUUUACACCACAUAUAAUUGUAAAACGCCAAAUAGACAACGCAAAUAACAUCGAAGAGAAUUAUGAAGAACCUACUUGUGUAGAAAGACAUACUAAUAAUAUAACGUGUUUCUCUCCUAACACAUGGACGAAACAUAGAAGAAAACGAAGCAUUUCAACAGAAAAUAAUUAUAAUAAUAUUAAUUUAGACACAUAUAAAGUAGACUUAGUACAUAGAAAUAAAACUAUAGAAGCGUUUAUAGAAAAAUUGAAGACAGGCGAAAGAAGGCAGAAAAGAGCAGUGCUCCCAGCGAUUUUUGUAGAAACAGCCGUGUUUGUGGACAGAGAUCUAUAUAAACACAUGACUAUAAACUUUCCUAAAGAAACAGAGCGGGAAUUAGUGAGAUUCGUAUUAGCCAUGAUAAAUGCAGUACAAUUAUUAUACCAUGAUCCAAGUUUAGGAAGGCCAGUGAAUUUUAUCCUAAAAAGACUAGAGAUCCUUCAUGAAGAUCCAUCUAAUUUAAAACGACCUCAUGACAUAGAUCGAUUCUUAAGUAAUUUCUGUACGUGGCAAAGGUUAGAGAAUCCUCCAGGAGAUAAUGAUCCCUUACAUUGGGAUCAUGCGUUGAUUUUAACUGGUCUAGAUCUUUAUGUCGUUAAUAAAAACGGCAAAGUCAGCAGUCAAGUAGUAGGAUUAGCACCAGUAGCUGGAAUGUGCACUGUCACAAGCAGUUGCACAGUCAAUGAAGGAAGACAUUUUGAAAGUGUCUACGUUGUAGCACAUGAAAUUGGACACAAUCUGGGCAUGCGUCACGAUGGACCCCUAGCAGAUAAUGGUUGUGACCCCAGCGCGUAUAUAAUGAGUCCAACAUUGGGCAGUGGGAAGAUCACCUGGUCACAAUGCAGUAGGAGCUAUUUGCAGAAGUUUUUGGAUACAUCCCAAUCGCGAUGUCUCUUGGACCACGGUAACUCAGCUGGUCAGUUGGACCACAGUGCUGAAGGAAUUCUACCUGGUGAAAGAUUCGAUGCUGAUCAGCAAUGCAUGUUAAAAUACGGUCGCGGCAGUCGUCACUCAAACGCUCAGAACUUGGAAGAUAUUUGUCGAGAUUUACAUUGUCAAAGGGAACGAUAUACUUGGACGUCCCAUCCUGCUUUAGAGGGAACUAAAUGUGGGGAGGAUAUGUACUGCCGCGGCGGUGAAUGCGUAGACCGUUGGAGUGGUACGACAACGAGAGACGGUCUGUGGGGCAAGUGGUCGAGAUGGUCUGAUUGUGCGUCUGCGUGUCUGCUGGACGAUACACACGCGCCGGCUGCUAGUGGGAUGGCGGUCGCUACCAGAAGGUGUAACAGACCCAGACUGGACAAUGGAAAGAAAUAUUGCUCUGGACACGAUAAAAAAUACCAGUCAUGCAAUGCACAUCAGUGUAACAACGUGCCAAGAAUGACAGUGCGAGAAUUCACAGACCAGAUAUGUUCUAGAGCUCGUGAAGUCGAUCCAGACCUUAUUGGCACUGGCUUACAGAGGAUGGAUGCUGAUGAUGUAAGCAGCGCAUGUGCAGUGUGGUGUGAUACUCGAGGUGGAGGAUACAAAUCUCGUGGCUGGACACUUCCUGAUGGGACUUCGUGUUCCAGGAUAGCUCCUAUGUACUGCAUCUCAGGAGUUUGUAGGAAAUUCACUUGUAAUAGUGGAGAUGAUACAGAAUUUUCUUUACGACCAUCGGAAUGCGAAUGGGAAGCUUUACAGUUACAGACAGUGAAACCUUCAACAAAAUCAUCAGGUACUUGGCGUAGAGCAAUCGGUGCAGAAUGGGUCCCCACCAGUGGUUGUCACUACCGUUGCAUCCGUGGUGGGAGUGGUAUCAGAUUAGUGCACUCGGUGUCACGGGACAGAGACAAUAUACAGUUAUGCCACCAGGAUAGGGAGCAGUCGGGAUGCAGUCAAAAGAUGAGCGCAUACCAAUACGCCACAAUGGUGUGCAGCAAAUAUAAGGAGAGAGUUAGAAGACUGUCUGGUCUCGGCAUGCAGAUAUCACCUGCUGUGGAGGAGCCAGACCGUCCAUGUCGUGUAGCGUGUCAGGACGAACGAGUCCGACAUCGGUUCUAUCUGGUGAACGGGCAGGACGGAUGGUUCCCGCUCGGUACUGCGUGUGGGAGACAGAACGCGUCCUACUGUGUGAGUGGGAAGUGUCUGGAGUUCGGUCCAGACCACACGCCAGUCGCAGAAUCUGUGUUCACAUUACCAUUACUAGCUAGACACAGUUCUGUGUCGUCGAGACACAGACGCAGUUUACUACGAGACAGGAUCACUGUGAAGGCCACACUCGACAGACAACAGAUUGACGAAAUAAUUGCCAGACUUAAUUUUACGAAUAAAAUCAACGAGCACUUCUCGUACCCAGAACAGAUACCAGACAACAUUCAAGUGGACUUCAACAAUCCCAUACACAUUGCGCCAGAACAAACGCUCCUGAAUAAAAUACCACGACCUACUUGGGAUUAAAUAAACAAUAACUUAUUAUAUUAUUAUUAAUUUAAAAUUGUUUAAUUUUAUUAAAAGACAGCCUAAAAAUGCAAGAGAGAAACAGACAAAAUACUUUUAUGUUAGUUUCAUUUAAAAUAACAAAAUGAAGUAGAAUGGAAAUGUAUUAAAACUGACUUUACUGGUAUGUACAUAGAAAAAAUAUUACAUUAAAAUAAUAUUCUACCGUAUUAUUACGAUGUGUAUAAAAAAUAUUAUAAAUGUAUGGACAGCAGCGAAAAAUAUGUAUAAAGUGGUAUAAUGUUUUAGUUGCUGCGUGUCUGUUUUGUCUGUAUUUAUAAAGUAUGAAAAAUACAUUUUUGACAAAGUUUUAUUUCCAAAAAAAAAUUCAAAAACGCUUCAAAAGAGAGUAAAAGUAACAAAGUAUUGAUUUAAUAAUGAAGUCCCUCACAAAGGUGCUAAAGGUUGUGCAAAUCGGAUCUGUCCGUAUAGUCAUACAAGACUGUACAAUUAUUGUGAUUUUAUAUUUAUUGCUAGGUGUAAGAAAUGUUUAUAUUUUCCUAUAUUUUUAGAAUAAAUCAUUUUUUAUAA